AUGUCGGUCAUUCUCUGCACCGCUGGCUACGACCACACGAUACGGUUCUGGGAGGCCCUCUCGGGCAUCUGCUCCCGCACGAUCCAACACCCGGACUCGCAGGUCAACCGCCUGUGCAUCUCGCCCGACAAGCGCUUCCUCGCCGCCGCGGGCCACCACACCGUCAAGCUCUUCGACAUCAAGUCGACCAACCCGAACCCGCUGCUCACCUUCGAGGGCCACACGGGCAACAUCACGGGCGUCGCCUUCCACUGCGAGGGCAAGUGGAUGGUCACGAGCUCCGAGGACGGCACCGUCAAGAUCUGGGAGACCCGAAGCGGCACCAUCCAGCGCAGCUACAACCACGGCAGCCCCGCCAACGACGUCGUCAUACACCCGAACCAGGGCGAGAUCAUCAGCUGCGACAGGUCCGGCAGCGUCAGGGUCUGGGACCUUGCCGAGAACAGCUGCUCCCACCAGCUGAUCCCAGAGGAGGACGUGUCCGUGUCGAGCGUCACCGUCGCCACAGACGGCACCCUGCUGUGCGCAGCCAACAACAACGGCAACGUCUUCGUCUGGUCCCUGAUCCAGACCUUCGACCGCACCGAGCUGCAGCCCAUCACGCAGUUCUCGGCGCACAAGGAGUACAUCACGCGCAUCCUGCUGUCGCCCGACGUCAAGAAGCUGGCGACGUGCUCCGCCGACCACACCGCCAAGAUCUGGGAGGUCGACGUCGAGGAGGCCGCCCGCCUGGACGAGAGCGGCUUCCCCAGGCCCUUCCCCCUCGAGGCCACCCUGACGGGACACCAGCGCUGGGUCUGGGACUGCGCCUUCAGCGCCGACUCGGCGUACCUCGUCACCGCCUGCUCCGACCACUACGCCCGCCUGUGGGAGCUCCAUAGCCAGCAGAUCAUCCGGCAGUAUAACGGACAUCACCGGGGCGCUGUGUGUGUGGCCCUGAAUGAUUACUCUGAGGCGAGAUAA